AGCGGCAGGCAGCAGCACUAGCAUCAUAACACCAGCACUCAGCGGUCUUAAUUGUGUCGUAUAUUAUUGUUUUUCAUUUAGCAUAGGUCGUUAUAGCUUUUGAAUGAUAUAUUGACAUGAUUAUAAAUCUUAUAUUGUAGAACAUCUACAUAAUGCAGUUUCCUUGAAGAUAUUUUAUGUUCAGCUGUUUUUCUAUAUCUUCAGUAUGAAUGUAAAUAAACAAUUUCAAAUGAUCCAACAUUUUUUCAGAUUUAAAACAUUAAAUUUAUUACAAAAAUUAUAGUUUUUUCCAUUACUGUCUUGUAUGAAUGUGAAGUUAAAAUCAUUUCGUGCUACAUAUACAUAUAUGUAUGUAUACAUAAACAUACAUAAAUUUAUUGUGACUACAAUUUUUUUUCAUGUGAAGAUACAAAAAUUUUAUAACCAAUACACUGAUUCUUAAUGUUUCACUUUUCAUUGAAAUUAGAAUAUAUUUGAGUUAAAAUUAGAUUUUCCAUCUUAAAAAUGGAUUCUGUACAUAAAAUUGAAGCUGGUGCUAGUGUCAAUAUAAAAAGAACCGAUGGACGUGUACACUCAGCUAUUGUAUCAGGAGUUAAUUGGGAUCAACACAGCGUAACCGUAGAAUGGUUCGAAAAGGGAGAGACGAAAGGAAAAGAGGUGGAGAUAGAUGCUAUCCUUGCAUUAAAUCCAGAGUUAAUCCUUAAAAAUACACCACCGGCAUCUGAGACGAGUAAUCAAAUACUAGCUUCAACAAAGCCAAGACCUUUGGUGAAACCUUCAAUUCCCUGCAAAUCUUCUUUAAAUAAACAUAUACCUCGACAAGUGAAUCGUCCUACGAAUAUAAUGCCAUCAACAUUAAAUGGCACCAACGAUUCGGUACUUAAUCUCACAGGACGGCGAGAAGUCGAAAACAUCCCUCCUACGCCUACAACUCCAGCAUUUCCAGUGCCUAAUCCAAUUUUAAAUAAACAAAAGCAGCAUACAGCUCCAGUUCAACAAGUACAAGAUAAUGGAAGGAGUCGUCGUUCAAACGUUGUCAAAGAAGUCGAAAGGUUAAAAAAGAAUAGAGAAGAAAGAAGACAAAGACAAGCAGAAUUAAAAGAAGAAAAAGAAGCACUCAUGAAUAUGGAUCCAGGAAAUCCAAACUGGGAAUUUCUAGCAAUGAUCCGAGACUAUCAAAAUAGUAUCGAGUUUCGACCUUUGCGAGAAAUAGAUACAGUCGAAGACCAUCAAAUAACAGUCUGUGUUCGAAAGCGUCCAUUAAAUAAAAAAGAAAUUGUUCGAAAAGAAGUUGACGUUAUAAGUGUACCUAGAAAAGAUCAAAUAGUAGUACAUGAACCUAAGGCAAAAGUUGAUCUAACAAAAUAUUUAGAAAACCAAUUAUUUAGAUUUGACUAUGCUUUUGAUGAAUCGUGUACUAAUGAAAUCGUAUAUAAGUAUACGGCAAAACCUCUUGUAGCUACUAUUUUUGAUGGUGGUAUGGCAACGUGUUUUGCAUACGGGCAAACUGGAAGUGGAAAAACACAUACGAUGGGAGGCGAUUUUAAUGGUAAAACGCAAGAUUGUAAAAAAGGAAUUUAUGCUAUGGUAGCAAAAGACGUAUUUAAGUGCCUAAAAAUGACAAAGUAUCGUCCAUUGAAUUUAGUAAUAUCCGCUAGUUUUUUUGAAAUAUAUUCUGGAAAAGUAUUUGAUCUUUUAGCAGACAAGGAGAAAUUGCGCGUGCUAGAAGAUGGUAAACAGCAGGUACAAAUUGUCGGAUUAACUGAAAAAGUUGUGGAAAAUUGUGAGGAAGUGUUAAAGCUGAUACAGCAUGGUAAUACUGUGCGAACAAGUGGCCAGACAAGUGCUAACACAAAUUCAUCUAGAUCACACGCAGUAUUUCAAAUAAUUGCUCGCACUCCUGGUACACAUAAAAUUCAUGGAAAGUUCUCACUGAUAGAUCUGGCAGGAAAUGAACGUGGUGCUGAUACUUCGUCUGCAAACAGACAAACACGUAUGGAAGGCGCUGAAAUCAAUAAAUCUCUUUUAGCACUUAAAGAAUGCAUAAGAGCUCUUGGUCGAAAAGGCACGCAUUUACCUUUUCGGGCAAGUAAAUUGACACAAGUACUGAGGGACAGUUUUAUUGGAGAAAAAUCGAAGACUUGUAUGAUUGCAAUGAUAAGUCCUGGAAUGAGCUCAUGUGAACAUUCUCUAAACACGUUGCGCUAUGCAGAUAGAGUGAAAGAACUUGCUGUUACUGAUCCUAGCGAAACUCGAAGUUCAACAGAAGAAAACGAAACUAACUUGCAGGUUAACGAAAAUUCUAAUAACAGUGCUUUAUCUGAUAGCGAUUUAGCACAAUUAAUAUCAUUGAACGAAGGAGAAUUAUCACAAGACUUAUAUACUUUCCACGAAGCUGUAUCAGCAUUGCAAAUGCUAGAGGAAGAAGUUUUAGAUAUGCACAAAUUAGUAAUGGACGAUACAACAAAAUUUCUGAACGUUGCCCAUGACAUAUUUAGUAUAACGCAUGAAGUAGAUUAUGAUCAAGAAGAUUACGCAAAAAAGUGGGAAGAUGUGCUACUUAAACAGCGUAAUAUUCUGAAUGAAGCUCUCAAUCAAGUUACUAAAUUCCGAGGUCAACUUUUGCAAGAAGAACAGAUUAGUCAAAAAAUGACUCGCACAAAAAAUUUAAAAUACAAUUAGUUGUAAACAAUUAUAAUAUUUUUCCACAUCAUGUAAUAAAAAUGAUUUCUUAAAAUUUAU